CAUACGUCUGUAGGAUCACGUAUAUUUUAUAUUCACUGUAUGGGGUAAAUUUAUAUGUACACAGUAGAUUUACGUUAGGUAACAUUUAUUAACUUGAUAGCAACUAUGUGUUCGACAUCCAAGACUGGCGACAUGCUCAAGAGUAUUGGUGCUUCUAGCGGCAGUGAUAACAACAGUGGAGGCGGAGACAGUAGCGGUACGUUCACAAUCCUACCGAGUGUAGUCCAAGCUAAUCAGGACGACUACAUUUUGAUAGAUGUGCGUGAGAAAGAUGAGCCCGAAGGAGCUGCCCAAUCCUUACCGAAGUCUAUCCAAUAUUCACUCGGACAUAUAAUAAGAGAUGCCGCCGACAAGGCCAUUGAAGAGAAGCUAGGCUCGGAGCAUAAAGGGAAGAAAAUAGUGUGCUAUUGCAAUAUUGGCUAUCGAUCGAGUAUUGCCGUUAGGGAGUUGCGUCGGUGGGGAUAUGAAGCCGUCACUUUACAGCUGGGAAUUACGGGCUGGACGAACCCUGCUGCGGUAUCCCCGGAUUACGUAUACCUGCUUCUAGAUGGACACAAUGUGGAGAAGGUCACGCUUGUGCUCUCUGUAAUCAAUGGUGCCAUAGCCAAUGGUAUGUCAGCCGCGCUUAUACUCAUGGGUGAAGGCGUGGACUUGGUUAAGAAAGACACAGACUCUUCGGCUAUUGCAGCGGAUAGCAUGGUGCUGGGAAAGCCUUUCAAAGACGUGAAAGUGUUGCUGAACGGCUUUGUAAAGAAAGGUGGCAUGGUAUUCUGCUGCAAAUCAUGUGUUGUAUUUAGGGACCUUACGUUUGACGAUCUGGCUUCGUUCGUGGAGCCCUGUCAAGCGCCUGAUGUAUCCCGGAUGCAGAGCACAGCAAAGGUUUCAACGACCGCGUAAAGUUGAAGUAUGUUUUAGAUACACUGCGAGUAAAUGUGACUUGUGGGCGAGAAGCGAUGAUAAUAUGACACUUACAACGCGAUUAAUGGAGCACUCACACAGGAAUACAAUUGAGAUGCUUACAACAGUCACCGAGGUCGGAUAUCGAUAUCCCGUACAAAGCCGUACUGCUAGAGUAAGCGGAUUGCGCGUGUACAACAGCGCACUGAAGUGAAGUGAAGAAACAUCAAUAUUUGCAUACAUAUUUACAAGAAGAAAAGAGCUGCAGACUUGAAAAGUUUAGAAAAAAAUAAAUUAAAAAAAUAUACAGCUGUG